CCCUGCCCAUUAUGCUUUAUGCUUCAAUUUUGUUCAUCUAAUUUCACAUUAGCCCACUCUCAGCCCUCAGUCUUACAAUAGGGUCUGAUUCAUGUUUGAAUAUGAUAUUUAGUGUCUAGGCAGGCAAAGGUUGGAUAAACUACACUUACUACUAUAUUUGGCCAAACAUGAGCGGCAAAACCAGCGCAAAGAUUCGAUUAGUAAGAUGUCCUAGAUGUCGCCAGAUCCUUCCAGAGUUGCCUAAUGUUCCUGUCUACCAGUGCGGCGGCUGCGGAAUUCAUCUCCAAGCAAAACUGCGGAUAGAAAAUGCUGCAAGCACAUCUAGCUUAGCUGAACCAAAUGCUGCAAGCGCAACAUCUAGCUUAUCUGAAGCAAAUGCUGCGAGCGCAAGGUCUAGCUUAUCUGAAGCAAAUGCUGCGAGCGCAAGGUCUAGCUUAGCUGAAGCAAAUGCUGCAAGCACAACGUCUAGCUUAGCUGAAGCAAAUGCUGCAAGCACAACGUCUAGCUUAGCUGACGCAAAUGCUGCAAGCGCAAGGUCUAGCUUAGCUGAAGCAAAUGCUGCAAGCACAACGUAUAGCUUAGCUGAAGCAAAUGCUGCAAGCACAACGUCUAGCUUAGCUGAAGUAAAUGCUGCAGAGACAAAGAGAUCGGAUCAUGUUUCUGAAGAUAAGGAAUCCAGUAGCUCAAGUCAUGAAGCAAUUCUUCAUUCUGCUGGGUCUGUGGAACGAGAAAAACUUUUCGGUGAUUGCAACGGUGACAGGCUCACAGGCGCAAACUUAAAAAUUGAGGAUGAAAACCAUGUAACUGACCAAAAUGGAUAUGAGGAUUUUGAUAGUCAGCAUCUUGAAGAUAAGGACUCGCUGAACGAUGACCAAAAGAGUGGAAGUGAUGAAAAUGGAUCUGAAGAAUAUGAAAAUGGAUCUGAAGAAUGUGAAAAUGGGAAAGUUCUAAACUUAUCAAGUGAAGAUCUCUACAAUAGAAGCCAUAGAAAUGAAUCUUUCAUGUGCAUUGUUGAGAAGUUUGGACUUCCUAAUGAAGAAUCUUCAGCAAGUGAUCCUGCUAAGUUUGCUAAUGGAGAACUGUCCCAGUCCUCUUUAUCAGGAGGUUGUUCAGAAGUCGAAGAUAAUGAUGAAAACUCGCCAUUAGAUGAAAAAGUGAAAACAGAAGUAGAGGCAGAAGCAGAUGAAAUUCAUGAGAGUAAUUCCAUUUUGAGAAGAUUAGGUGAAAGGGAUAUGGCCCAAACAGAGGGAAAUGCUGCAUUUUCCCCUGUCCAUAGGCCAGCUGUAGAAGGCAUCUCACCUGAUGGUCUUGUAAAUUCGACUACUCAACUUCAAAAGCAGCCUCUGGACGGUACUCAACAUCACGGUUUUAGAUCUAUAAAUACAUUUGAAACAACCAAUUUAGUCAAUCCAAGCUCUGAGCUCAGUGGCACUCUCAUAGAUUUAUCAAAAUCUCCAACAACUAGGAGCACACAUGCUUAUUACGAUGAUGACAUCUCUUCUUAUGAAGAAACCGAUGAUCAAUUACCUGAUAGACACAACUAUCCAUCAAAACAUGCUUAUAGGCUUGCAAACAAUGCAGCUGCUGAUGCAAGGAGCAAGAGAGAAAGAUUUCAGGCCUACAGCAACUAUGAUAUGCAACAUCUUUCGAGGAAUUAUGCACCCGUGCUGCCUGAAAAGACACUUUAUACCAGGAAAUUCAGCAACUUGGAUCGAGGUGAAUUGCUGGAGCCAACAAGAUUAGGACAUACAAUUAGAGACUGGAGAAUGGCAGAGAGAGAUGCAUAUAUGUCUCAGCAUCUUUUGCAUCAAAGAGAAUUUCUGCCCGGCUAUGAAAGUGGUAGUCCCUCUGGUCAAGUGCAGCAUGGUUUCUAUAACAGUUCAAGCUUUCCUUCUCAAGACAUGUCCGCAUACGCUGAACAGGAGAAGAUGAAACUGUUGAGAACGGUUCAUGAAUUGCAGGAGCAACUUAACAGCACCUCCAUAAGUCAUAAAACAAAGGGAGGAGUCGCUUGGAAAGAUAAUCGUAGUUCCAUGUACUAUGAUCAUGAGGCCAGACAACAGGAAAGUUUGCAUAGUUCGUACAUUCCUAAAUAUUCUGGAGGACUCGGAGAUGGGAGCAACUGGCCUCAACAGAGGAAUUACUCGAGAAUACCAUUCUCUGCUGAGGCAACAACCAGUAGACACCGAUUUGAUCAUUCCUCGUGCUCCUGUCCCCAAGACUGGAAGCAUUCGGCACCAUUACCUCCAUCUCUGCUUCACCACUACAAAGGGUUCUGUCAGGUACAUUCUCGCCUCAACCUUUAUAAUACUUAUGGAUCUCUUCCAUCAAGUCCUCAACGGCAUGUGGACUCUGGAUUUCCUACAUAUAGCCGUGGAGCCAAGUCUGAUGACCAGAGGCAUAGAGAUCACGAGGUGCACACGUACUUGAGAGAGAAACACCACUUGGCCAAGCGACACCUCAGGCCCAUAGCAGGUGGAGCGCCUCUCUCGACUUGUCCUUGUUGCUUGAAACUUCUUCAGCUACCUGCAGACUUUCUCCUCUUCAAAGAAAGAAGAUUUCAUCGGCUAAGAUGUGGAGCUUGUUCAGAGGUACUCAAGUAUUCACUUGUAAACGGAAGUCAUCUAAUCCCAUUUACACCAAUCAGUGAAGUUGGUCCACCAAUUGAGGCCGAUGAGUAUAAUAAUGCUACUCACCGGAGAAACUUUACUUCAACGUCUCAUGUCAGUGGUUGUCCUGUUUCAGAUUCUGAUGAUUUUACCGAGAGGGAUCCUCGUGAUAUCCAUGGAAAUGCGGUUGAAAGAAAUGUUUCAUACAGCUCACUUGAUCAUGGAAAAGAGAGGAAGAGGUUUGUUUUAAAGGAUUCUAAAAGUAAGGGUAAGAAUCAUGUUGAAGUAUAUGAAUCUAGAGGCCCUUCCACUAGUAAAUACAAUUCAAAGAAAGAGUACUCAGAAAUUGAGGAGCUUCCAGAAUCAGCAACAGGAGGAAGAGGUUCACCACUUCAUCGAUUGAUGGGUUAUUCUUCACCAAGUGCUGUGAUGCUUGGUAGCGGACCAUCUGACCCAAAGGCAAGCUCGUUCCAUCAAACACGCAACCUGACGUGAGAGAAAUGGAAUUUUUGUUCUCAACCAGAGGCAUGGUAUUCUAGUUACUUGGCUUACUUUUCAAGAAGAUUUCCCUUUGUUGUUUAUAUUUCAUACAUUUAGUACACAUUUGAGAGUCCCAGUAUAUAAUAGAAGUAGAGCCAGACAUUUAAUUGUGUAAAGAUGUUUCUGUACCAGUAUAGUUCAUUGACUGUAUAGAAUGUUUUUGAAGCACUUGUCCAA